AUGUCAACACAACGACGAAGCCAGCGCGCCACGGGCGUGAAGCCUGAAAAGAGCUUCGAGGACAUCACGACUAAGAGCCGUCAAAACACUCGGAAAGACAAGCGUACCGCUCGUGAGGUCAAGCACGCAGGCGUCCAAUCACAGGUCACCUUCUUCAAUCUCCUACCUAGGCUACGCUUGCGAGUCUACCACUAUGCAAUAGGUUCAGAGCACAGCCGCGAGCUCAGGAAGAUUAAUGUUCCAACACUAGCAAUGGUCAGCAAACAGGUCCGCGCCGAAGUACUGCGAGUGUUCUUCUCGGAGUGUACAUUUGAAUGGGUGGUGUGGUCGAGUGGCGAAGAUGCAGAGGAACUGGAUGGGCUGAAUGGCCGUGGCGAAUUACCAACGCUAGCAGUACCCACCUUGAGCAUGAAACUCUGGGCGAAACCGCGAUACGCCUAUGUCAGACGAGACUACGGCAUUCGUGUGGCCUUGGGCAAGCGUUCUCGUGAGAUCUAA